UUUUAGCGCAAGGUGCCUCUCCUCGCGCUGCGCCUGUGCGCCGCCACGCGUAGGGUGCUCGCGCCGGCGCCAGGCGCGCGAUGAUCACGUUUGGCACGAAGAAAACGGGCAAAGGGCCCUUCAUCAGCAAGGUCCGCCGGUGGGUAGAGGAGGCGCUGCCGCCCGAGCACCGCGAGACGAUGGUGAUGGUGAACGAGCUGCAGUGCUUCGAGCCCGGGUGCGCCCCGCUCGAGACCGUGGUGACGCUGCUCGAGGAGAACAACCCAAUCAUGUUCAAGCUGUUUAAGCCGAUAACAGAGGUGGGUCAGGAGGAGGUGAUCGUGGAGCUGCGGCGGCGGCUGAGCGGCGGCGCUCUGGUGCAGCACGUGAAUGGGGAGUCAGCGCCGCCGGCAGCAGCUCAUGCAGCCGCCGCCGCCGAUGUCUCAAUAUGCGAACCUGCCUUAUCGUGAGGCCGCGCACAAAUACUUGUAAUGUUGUGCUGCGCGACGGAUGGAUGGGUCCUAGUACUGACGCCGGCCGUCGUCCAUCCCGCGUGCUGCGCUCGAGAGCCCUAGCUGUCCAUCCCGUACGUUGGUUCAGGUUAUGAUACACCGCGACC